AUGGCAGCGCCUUGCAGCCCAGAGAGCGGCCCAGCGGGGGCCACAAGCCCCCGGGUGUAUUUCCAGAGCCCCCCGGGGGAGCCGGGCCAGGAGGAGGAGGAGGGGCCGGUCAGGCGCCAGGGGAAGGUCACGGUGAAAUACGAUCGCAAGGAGCUUCGCAAGCGGCUUAACCUGGAGGAGUGGAUCCUGGAGCAGCUCACGCAGCUGUACGACUGCCAGGAAGAGGAGAUUCCAGAGCUGGAGAUCGAUGUAGAUGAGCUGCUGGACAUGGGCAGUGAUGAUGCCCGGGGAGCCAGGGUGAAGGAGCUCCUGGUUGACUGUUACAAGCCCACGGAGGCUUUUGUGGGGGACCUGCUCGACAAGAUCCGAGGCAUGCAGAAGCUCAGCACCCCCCAGAAGAAAUGA